CAUGGCUGAGGAUGGAGGAGGUUCUCUAGAUCUGAUUAAACUCACCAAUGAUAAGCUCUCCACUGAUACUGUAUCUGACUCAGUAAGAUGUUCCUCCUGUGGAGCUAUUUCGUUAUUUAUUGGGACGACAAGAGAUAAUUUUGAGGGGAAGAGGGUAGUUCGGCUCGAAUACGAAGCAUAUGUGCCCAUGGCGGAGUCAGAGCUGAAAAAAGUAUGCACUGAAAUUAGAGCAAGAUGGCCAAGUGUCCGGCACAUCUGCAUCCAUCACAGACUCGGUGCAGUUCCUAUUACAGAGGCCAGUGUUAUAAUUGGUAUUUCAUCACCUCACCGUAGCGACUCACUGGAGGCUGUGAAGUACUGCAUAGACACUCUGAAAGCUACUGUCCCAAUUUGGAAAAAGGAGAUUUAUGAAUCAGAGGAGCCCUGCUGGAAAGAGAACAAGGAGUGUCUGUGGACAGGAAGUGGGGCUGGAGCAAAGCAUGCUGACCUUUGAACUGUCCAGUGAGCCGCAGUGCUUUUAUCUAAUGUCUUAUCCACAGCCAAUCUACACAGCCCAGAGCAUGGAAUAUGUGUUUUUACUGAAAACCGACACACAACACAGACAUUUUUAAAGAUUUUAUUAUCAAUAAAUGAAUUACAAUAAAGCCUUAAGUAACAAAAAAGUAAUAUUGAAUUUGCAGUAUUUCUAUGAAAAAAGCAAACAAUGUACCAGUGCAAAUAUUCUUUAUGUAAACAUUUACAUUUAGUUCUGUGCAUUUCUAUUUCUCUCCCCUGAUCAUUUCCCUUACAUGCUACAUCACUCUGUGAGUGCAGGAGCCUUGGCCAACAAAUCUGUAUCAACACAUUACUUAGUUAGGUCAUUUAAUUUACUCUGAAGAGAAAAAUGAAAAAUGACUACAGUAAAUGUUCUGCACAUUUCCUCUGAUACAUGCUACACAAAAAGGGCUCUGAUUGUAUGUUCAAUGCACAGGAAUGAGUUAAACUAAUCAUAACUGUACAGUUCAAAUGCAUCUCAGUGUACUGUACCAAACAUGACAAAAAAAAA